UAUGGGCUGGAAGGAUAUCUUGCGUCCUAUACGAGAUGGUUUGCGAGACAAUUUGCCGUCCACAAGGCCCCACCGGAAUCCCGACAACGGAAACCGACGCCGUGAAGAUGUCCUCAAAGGCUUCACCUACUUUGACUCGUUUCACGACAUUGAUGAUUGGCGACCUGAGCAAGCAUACUCCUUUCAGCGAGCAAACACUCCUUUGCUUCCUAGACCAUCCUUCAAAGCUGCCAAAGGCCGAGCUCAAAUCACUCUCGUACAUGACUUUUCUGGAAAUUACCAGCAGUAUGAAGACAUUCAUGGCCCACUAGUCGACAAACCGUCGUACAGCUGUGAAUAUCUGCAAGCGGUUGACAUUUUCGUAUACUUUUCUCACAAGCUGGUGUGCAUACCUCCUCCGUCCUGGACAAAUGUUCUACACCGUAAUGGAGUCAAGUCGCUCGGUACAUUUCUUAUAGAGCCACAGUCAACAGACAUAUCCAAAAUACUGCAACGAACUCCGUCAGGGAUACAAGGAUGGAACUACACCUUGGCAGACCGGCUAAUACACAUUGCCCAUUACUAUGGAUUUGACGGUUGGUUGAUCAAUAUUGAGAAGACUUUUCCUAUCGCCGACUGGAGUCUCUCAAAGCUCCAGGGCUUUCUGAAACAACUAAGCUCAUCCUUCGACGACGGAUGCGUUCUUUGGUACGAUUCACUCACAAGCAAGAAUAGAAUUGACUACCAAAAUGCACUGACGGAGCAGAACGUCUUGCUCGCCAAAGCUGCCGGCUCUAUACUCACAAAUUAUGUAUGGUCACCGGAUACGGCCGCUGCCUCCAAAGCUGUUGCAUUGCAGAAUGGCAUCACUCCUGUAGACACUCUCUGCGGCAUUGACGUCUGGGCGCAAAGUUCAGAGCGCUCUGUCCGGGAAACGUAUCCCAGAGAUAUAGGCGGUGGAACCGGCACCGGUCUGGGUGUCGCGAAACUAGCUGAAUUGGGGCUCAGUGCUGGCAUCUUUGGCCCAGCUUGGCCAUAUGAGCAUUUUACUUGCCUGGAAGAUUCCAAGGCUGUCGAAAGCUCUAUGUGGACAGGAGUCGCUUUACCAGAGACAUUACGCUGUGACUGCGCCUCGAAAACCCGACAUUCUAUCCAAGGCUAUAUGACCUAUCCCAUACUUGAGAAUGCACAAGAAUUUCCCGCUGGCUCAGAUACUUUCUUCUAUACCGACUUUGGCCAAGCAUUCGAAGCGGUCACCAGUUCAGAUCAUGUUGCUGGCAAGACCGAAGUACGCGCGAGCCUUGCAUCGCAGUCUAUAUUGCCUCGACCAAGUGUACAUGCCAGCGUUCAGAAAGAUAUAUCCAGUCAGAUAGAGUCGUGUCCCUCCAGGUUGUCUUUGUAUGUACGCGCCUUGAGCGAUACUGGAUCCACACGAAGGAUAUUGAGGCUCUUCAAACUCAGCAUGCCGGUGUCAGAGGGACUUGUCGUUAGCAUUCAGUACCGCAAACCAAAAACACCUACUUCGUUACUCCUGUGGCUCCACCUUGAAGGCUUGAACGCGGCGAUUCCUAUCAUAGAGCAACANAAAACGAUGACCGAAGAGCUUCAGGCCAACGAAUCAGGCAUGUGUCUCACCGGACUAUCUUUGCGAGUGGAAGGACCCAUACAGACGAUUACCAAUACUCUGCUCGUUGAUAUCAUGUCCAUCUGCGUGCGUCGCGGAAGCAAGGCUGGCAGAAAGUACACGAUAUCCGACGCGGCACUAGCCGAAAUAGAUGAGACCACAUCGUGUCUCUCUUGGAAGUUCAAUAACGAAGUGUGGAAUGCUAGCCUCGAAGACGACGGACUUCCUUACAGUGAUGUUACAGGGCCUUUUAGCUUCUUUGUGAUCCAGAUUGAUGGUCAAGAAGUAGGAAGAGCAUAUGCAUUGGAUUACCUGCUGCGAGAGGUCGGUGAUAAGUCAGAAGUUCGAAUCACAGGGACGGGGUUUGAUGGCGAGGUGCUUUGCGUGUACACGAGCAGUUUGCGGAAGCGGCAACGCCAGGGGUCAACAGAGAGCUGGCAGUUGGUA